AUGACACUUAACUGGGAAACGGUACACAAGAUCAAGCAGGGGCAUUAUAGUUUUGUUUAUCUGAGUCCAGAGGUGUUCCUCAACAGCUCACUCUUCACUGAGCUGUUUUUUAGCAAAGAGUUCCAGGACAUGCUUGCUCUGAUUGUGGUGGACGAAGGCCACAUGAUAUAUUUGUGGGGACUGGUUGCUUCAAAACAGAGCAAGGGUUUGAUCAUAUUUGCCCGACUGGAGGAUCAAGCAAUAUUCAGACCAGCGUAUGGACACAUAGGCACCUGGCUGAUGGCAACGAACAACAUACCGAUCCUCCUUCUGUCGGCCACCUGUCGUCCAGAGGCGGUUGACAAGAUCACUACAAGCUUGAUGCUGAGUCCGAGCGAUCUUCACAUGAUCAAUGGCGAACUCACACGGCCAGAGAUUCGCUUCAUUCGCGUGUACAUGGACUCAACUCUCAGCUCGUGUGACGACCUCUUGAGACUUUUCGCUCCACACACUAAAACGGCGGCGGAAGAUUCUGUACCAAUGAUCAUCUACUCGGGGACUCGGAAUCGGACGUUUCAGGUGAUGAAAGUCGUUAACGAGGCUCGGCAUACUCAGAAGCAUGAAUAUGACCCUAAUGAUCAGUUCAUUCGACGAUAUCAUUCAGUCACAGGAGAUGAGGACAAAGCGCGGACGGUGGAGGAUUUUGGUAAUGCUCAGGUGCCAGUGAUCUCGGCAACAAUGGCUUUGGGACUAGGACAGAACCUCAAGCGGGUGAGGUGUGUGGUACAUAUGGGUCGAGGCGAUCCGGCAGCCAUUGUUCAAAUGGUAGGACGGUGCGGGCGGGAUGGAAAUGUUGGUCUGGGGCUGUUAUUCAUGGAGCGCACAAGGAAGAAUGGCAAAAACGACGUGGAAUCCUUUGGAGACAAAGUUCAUCAGGAAGACGAUGCCCGCAUGGACGCGUUGGCAGUCACCCCUUGUUGUCUGAGGAUUGCCCUGGCGCUUGAUAAUAAGGUUGGAUACAUACCUCUUUCCGAGGUCGAUCCGAACUUUCUGGCUGAGCGGUUGCGUGAAGAGAAGGAGGGGUUUGCAAAGUGCAGAUGCUCAAACUGCGCCCCUGAGGAGGCAGCGAGAUUGCUCGAGGUCUUUCAGCUGAUGAGUGUCCAAACCUUUGACGCAAUCCUCGAGGACCCGUUCACACAUGAAUUAGAUCCUAGCAUUGUCACGAUGAAACACAUCCGCAAGAAGCCUCUGUUGAAAGGGUCGUGCCCGUAUCCUCAACACUUGAGCGAUGAUCUUGUGCGACACCUGGUCCACGGCUUCGAGGGAUUCUAUUUGGUCGUUUUAGGCGCAAUACCCGAAUUUUCGGCAUCGGUGUUCUUUGGGACCUCGCAGGCGCAGGCGAUUGCGGAUUCGAUCGAUGAGAUCCGGGCCGAGGGGAAGGUGGACUUGCGCCUACUUGAACUGGUCAUAGGUGCGGCUUUGGACCAGUUCAUAGAGGACGAGGGCCUGCGGGUACGAGCUGCGAUGGCGCAAGAGCUGGAUCAACUGAAGGGACAGGCGGAGGCCAGAAGGUUGGCUGAGAAGACGGCCAAGGCACAGGCCCUAUUGGCUGCCAAACGAUUGUUGGCUGAAGAGCGGGCUGCAGAGCGGAUGCGUGUUGCCGAGGACCGAAGGCAGGAAAAAGCACUCAUCGCUGAAGAGCGAGCGGCUGAGCUGCAAUGGGUCCGCAAGCAAGCAAAGGAUACGCGGGCCCUUGAUAAGCAGCGACGGGCGAUUUUGCUUCAAGAGGGCAGGUUGCCGGUUGAAGAUCAGGCUUCUGGCAAUAAUGGGGCCGAGGCCAGCGGGACGGACAUAUCUCAGGGUUUGGACUCAGUGGGGACCAAUAAACGGUUCAAACCACGGGAGGGUCAGGCAGAAGAGCUAGCAUGCAGGCAGUUCGAUAGAAUCAUGGCACAACAGAGGAAGGUAGAGGAACAAGCGCGACAGCGGGAUGAGGCCUCCCAAGUUCUCCUCACCGAUCUGAAGGAGAAGCAGGAGCAGCGAGCCAGCCGACGGGCCGAGGCGGACACCUUGCGCGAGAACAACGAGGCCUGCAAGGCUGCGGCCAAACGACGGCGGUUGGAUACAAUAAAAGGCUCGAACCGAGGAGACAAUGGCUGA